AUGACGUCCGGGGAGCCCCUGCACGUGAAGACCCCUAUCCGUGACAGCAUGACCCUGUCCAAAGUGGCUGGCACCAGCGUCUACCUCAAGAUGGACAGUGCCCAGCCCUCCGGCUCCUUCAAGAUCCGGGGCAUCGGACACCUCUGCAAGACGUGGGCUGAGCGAGGCUGUGAACAUUUCGUCUGCUCCUCGGCGGGCAACGCAGGCCUGGCAGCCGCCUAUGCUGCCAGGAAGCUGGGCAUCCCCGCCACCAUCAUCGUGCCCAGCACCACCCCUGCCCUCACCAUCGAGCGGCUCAAGAAUGAAGGCGCCAUGGUCAAGGUGGUGGGCGAGAUGCUGGACGAGGCCUUUGAGCUGGCCAAGGCCCUGGCAAAGAACAACCCAGGCUGGGUCUACGUUCCUCCCUUUGAUGACCCCCUCAUCUGGGAAGGCCACGCAUCCGUCGUGGCAGAGCUGAAGGAGACCCUGGGCACAAAGCCGGGAGCCAUCGCGCUGUCGGUGGGUGGCGGGGGCCUGCUGUGCGGAGUGGUCCAGGGGCUGCAGGAGGUGGGCUGGGGUGACGUGCCCAUCAUCGCCAUGGAGACCAUCGGAGCCCACAGCUUCCACGCUGCCACCGCUGCCGGCAAGCUCGUCUCCCUGCCCCAGAUUACCAGCGUUGCCAAGGCCCUGGGCGUGAAGACCGUCGGGGCUCAGGCCCUGAAGCUAUUUCAGGAACACCCCAUUUUCCCUGAAGUUAUCUCAGACCAGGAGGCUGUGGCCGCCAUUGAGAAGUUUGUGGAUGAUGAGAAGGUCCUGGUGGAGCCCGCCUGCGGGGCAGCCCUGGCCGCCGUCUACAGCCGCGUGCUACAGAAGCUGCAAGGCGAGGGGAAGCUCCGUGCCCCCCUGUCCUCCCUCGUGGUCAUCGUCUGCGGGGGCAGCAACAUCAGCCUGGCCCAGCUGCGGGCCCUCAGGGAACAGCUGGGCAUGAAGAAGGGGCUGCCCAAGUGA